GCGGACUUCCGCACGCCAAACGUGUAUAUUAAUGGCCUACCCCCGAACUUCCCGGAGGAGGAGCUGUUCAAGAUGACGCGGGAGUUCGGGAAUGUCAUCAGCGUUAGGACAUUCACCCGCCAUGUUUGUGACAAGCCAUCGGGCUAUGGAUUCGUCUUGUUUGAGUUGAUAGACGCGGCGGAGAAAUGUAUCGAGUCCCUGCGCAAGUAUAGGAACCUCCAUCCGUCCUUCUCGAAGCAAAUCCACAAGAUACCUGGCACGGUUUACUCAUCGCCAACGUUCCAGGCGGCCGCGGGUGCGCAGUGCCUUCCAGCCGAUUCGUUUAAAGCGCGGAUGGAGCAGCUUAAGGACAACGCGUCGACGAACCUGUACAUGGAGGGCCUACCGCUGUCGAUCGACGAGAUGAUGCUUGGAGCGUUGGUGAAGCCGUACAAGAUAUGCAGCAGCCGGUUCUUUCAGACGAGGUUGAGCAACCCACCGAGGAUGAUUGCGUUCGUGAGGUUCGAGUCUCGUACUGCGGCCGAGGAGAUUAUUGAACGCUUGCACGGGCGCAUUAUCCGUGGUAUGGAGGAUUCGGGCGCGAGGAUCUCGGUCAGGUUCGCGGACACGACUGAACAGCGGGAGCUAAGGCGCAUGGAACGCACUAGCCACGACGGCGAGCACUCCCCUGGUCGACUGUCAAUGGCCCAAGCCGCGCUGCUAAACUUAAAUGGAGGUCAAGUCCCACUCCCUCAUCUUUCGCCACAUAUUUCGCCGGACCUCGGACGACUGUCGCCAGGCGGAAACAUUUCUCCUUUGCUCGUCGGCGGGCACCUGCCCGCGCAAGUUCCUCACGUCCGUACCCCGCUUGCCCCUCUGGCGGCCGCCGCCGCACAACUUCCCUUCCAUCAGCAGCAGGCCAUCCUGCAGCAGCGCAUGCAAGAUUUGUCGCUCGCUGGACACGACUUCAGUUCGCACGCGUCGCCGUACCUCCCCCAGGAUCUUCGCGUCACGCCGCACUUGGCGCAGAUGCGAGACGAGCUGCUCUCGUUGCAGGAGACUCAGGCACAGCUCCACCUCAAGCGUGGUCUGGGUGUGGGAGGUUCCGCCCGCGCGGACAAUGGGUACACGACGAUGGAGAGGAUGAUGCUCCAGGUGCAUGCGCAGCGACAACAAGAGCAACAAAUUCUCGAGGCUCAGGCCCAAGUGCAAGCGCAGCGCGGACAAAGCAAGAGAAGGCUCCUCGACGUGCUCCAACCGUGUUCCAUCGAGGACGACUUCCACGCGACUGCUAUGGCAGGCAAAGGUGGAGCGCGGUUCGGGUCGCAGACAACGUCGCAGCAGCUUGGUACGGGCACCGGUCAGCGGCAGAGGAACCAGACGCACGCCUCGAAUGCACGGGUCGCCGAUGUCCCUGGCGGACUGGACCAGGCGUUGCACCUCCGGUCGACGACUAUGCCUUCGCAGUAUCUGAGCUCGCGC